AUUGCAUAUUUUGGCAUCUUCACCACAAUGGCUCGCCAGCUUCUCUUCCAACACAGUUUACACAACACUAAUCCAUUUCAAGUUGGCUUCGCCGGAGCAACAUUUUUCCUAUGCGCCAUGGCUUUGUUCAUGUGCGCUUCUCACUCGCGUAAAUGGCGACAAUGGAGAGCUUGCUAUGAACCCGAUACCAUCGAUGAUCAUAUUGUGCAUCACAUUCAACAUGGAAACAACCAACGAGUCGCAGAUGUUGAUGAAGAAGAAGUUUCGGUUUGGCAGAAGAACAUACUGAUGGGUGGGAAGUGUCAGCUGCCUGAUUUCUCUGGUGUCAUAAUCUACGACUCGAAUGGGAGCGUUAUGGCCCCGUCGAAAAGUCCUCGUUUAUUACUACCAUGGAAGUAGUUUGGAGAGAAGUAGAGAAAUAAACCUUUUAAACUAUCUUUUAAUGUCUGUUUAAUUAGAUAUUGAUUUCAUAAAGUUGUGUUGUCUUUACUCUUUCUUUAUGGUUUGGCUUUACUAUGUAAAUGGUUCUUGGCUAAAUAAUAGCAAAAAUUUAGUGUAAAAA